GAUAGAACUGGGCGUGGGCUCCACUCGCAACGUCUGUCCUCGCCAAAAGCACAUUGUUUAACGCGGGCGCUUUUUUUACACAGAAUUCUCCUCGUUUCAUUUUGAUUUUUGGUGAUUUUAAGUCUUCCUGCAGUGGCACAGGGAAGCGAGGAUUGUGACACGAAGCGGAGAGAGGCAGCAGACUUGGAAGAUUUCCUCUGAGGCAGAAGAAACAAGGCGGCUGUGUGGCUAAUUAGACCUGGGUUUGUUUGGUGGUUUGCGGUGAGCGGCAGUGGCAGAGAUGACUGAGUAUAAGCUGGUGGUGGUGGGAGCAGGAGGCGUGGGCAAGAGUGCGCUCACUAUCCAGCUUAUCCAGAAUCACUUUGUGGACGAAUAUGAUCCGACUAUAGAGGACUCGUACCGAAAGCAGGUGGUGAUUGACGGGGAGACGUGUCUGCUGGACAUCCUGGACACAGCGGGUCAGGAGGAGUACAGCGCCAUGAGAGACCAGUACAUGAGGACGGGGGAGGGCUUUCUGUGUGUAUUUGCCAUCAAUAACACAAAGUCGUUCGAGGACAUCCACCAGUACAGAGAGCAGAUAAAACGAGUAAAGGACUCUGAUGACGUCCCCAUGGUGCUCGUGGGCAACAAAUGUGAUCUCCCGGUGCGUACAGUGGAGACCAGGCAAGCCCAGGAAUUAGCCCGCUCCUACGGCAUCCCAUACAUUGAAACUUCAGCAAAGACACGGCAGGGAGUGGAGGACGCCUUCUAUACACUGGUUCGGGAGAUCAGACAGCACAAGUUACGGAAGCUGAACCCACCCGACGAAAGCGGCCAGGACUGUAUGAGCUGCCGCUGUGUGGUGUCUUGAUACAGCCAGUGGUGCACAUUUAGCAGACUUGCAACGGCUUUAUUGGCAGCAUGGACUUGGAGAUGAAAGCUAUAACAACACAAUGGUAACUUUUCAAAAUGGAGGACAAUGAUUGAAUGAACUGCUCAGAAGGAAAUCACCGGAGCUGUCAGACCUGGGAGAACUUGGACUGUUGCCUAAAUGGUUAGCUGAACUGGCCCUCAGCGGACCUCUAUUUUUGGUCUGCCCACGACCUCACGAGCAACACCACUAAUGACUCUUGUCAACUCCAAUGUAUUCUCACUAGUGAGUGCCACAAGUUUCCUGCUAACUUGUUGUUUUCAGUCUCAACACUGGUCUAUAAAGGAGGCAUCUCUUACUCCACUCCCCUUCUCUUCCUGGCUGCCUACUAGAACGAAAAAGGAUUUGACUGGAAUAGACAUUAGGUUGCUCCAUUGCCUCCGAUGUUGACACACUACCUGUCUUUGUUUUCUCCCCCUGUGUAGUGCCUCCUUCAUUCUCGACACAAGGAAUGGAAACUUUAAUACAAAUGACUACUUUGGUUGUUGUUUAAGUUAAGCCUUGUGGUUAAAAAAAAAAAAAAAAAAAGAUUUUGAAAUGGACCAGUCUAUUUACAGAACGUCCAAGAGCACUGUGCUUGGGACUGAUGCAAAUAACUGAAUGGUGUACCACAUGAAUUAUCUUGCAUUGUGUGCUCAGGAAUCAGGGUCCAGGAGUGUAGCAUCUAUACAAUCCUGAGUGUGUUAGUAAAAGAUAUACCCUUCUAGUCUGCUCUUUCUAUCUUUUGCUUUUCAAAGGGAACAAUAAUCUUUGUCACAACACGAUCUAGUGUGCGCACGUUAACAGGUUAUGAAUGUUCUGGGAUCUUUGUUUCUUAUUACUGCCUAGCUAGUGCUCUGUACUUAAUGCCCGAAGACUGUUUACUUUGCCUUAUUGGUUGGCUCGUUUGUACCUCAUGUAUGCAGCAGAUUCUACCUGAUGUGCUCAGAUUUUGCUGUCCUUUUUGGUUAAUGUUUGUGUGUUACUAAAAAUUGCAGAAUCAUGAUGAGAUGUGCUCUAUGUGGAUUUGACAAGAAAACCUCACAUAACACUAAAGUGAAUUUUAAUAAUGCUUGUUAUUGUUGUAUUAUAUAAAAAAAAUGUAUUUUAACUUGACGAUAGGUUUCUGAAUACCUACCCUUUGUUCAUGGAAACUGGUACAAAGUAGUACGUCAUCAUGGCUGAAUUUUUAUUGUAUCUAAAAAUCAAAUCUAAUUUUGUGAAAGCUAGAUAUUUGGAUUUCCCAUAUAACAAACCUUCAACAUUUCAUGGCAUUAAUAAUUGGUGUAGUUAAUAUUGUAACUGGCAAAGAUGAGAACUGUGAAUGUCUGUAGAUAUAGUUAAAAGUUGCUCCAAAAUAUUAACAAGGUUGUGUUUGCUCUUUUUUUUCAUUUAAAUAUUUACUUUUAGAUAUGACCUCCUAUUAAUUUUUAUACCCUUUGUACUUAAUGAUGUUAUGUCGAGAAGAAGAAAGGAUUGAUUAAUGGCCUGGGAGUUCAUGAUCUUUCUCCAGUCCACCUCAAAGCUAUGCAGAAUAAUACAGCGUCAUGUUGCCAGUAUCAGCCAACAAACAUUAAGUAUAUGUAAAAGAAAUACAAAUAAACCUGGCACGAAUGACAGACUUUUUGAUUUUGCACAUUUAUUUCAUUUUUGGGGAAA